CGUGGCCAAUCAGAUCAAAUAGUUCUCUACAAUCUACAAACAGAACUGAACGUAGAUCUUUGGGAGCAUGGAGCGCCUGGGUCUCGAGAUGCCUUCAUCAUGUUGUCACCGGAAAACCGAGUGGAAGCUUUCGACAUACUGGACGCAAGUGAUAUGAAACACUAUCUACACGUUGCUGACGUAGCCAAGGCAAUUGAGGAACACGAGAGAGAUUUGUCUAGAUGGCAGUCGUCAAGAACGUCCCUAGUACCUUUUCAGAAAUACCCAACAUAUGAUGAGGUGAACGAGUAUUUGGAACGCAUUGCAAGAGAAUAUCCGAACUAUGUUACAUAUUCCGUCCAUGGGGUUCAGUUACGUGGUCGGUCAGAUCAAAGGGUUCUCUACGAACUGCAGACUGAGCUAAACGUAGAUCUGUGGGAACAUGGCGCGCCGGGACAACGCGAUGCCUCUAUCAUGGUAUCUCCUGAGAACCUUAUGGAAGUAUUCGAAAUAUUGGACGCAAACGAUAUGAAACACUAUCUACAGAUAAGAGAUGUUGCGAAAUCUCUUGAAGAACGCGACGCAGAAUUGUCUCGUUGGCAGCAGAGCAGACAGACGUUGCAGAUAUUUCAAACAUAUGCAAGACAUGAUGCGAUAAAUGAGUACAUGGAACGCAUCGCAAAUCAAUAUCCCAACAUCGCACAAGUAGUAGAUAUGCAAAAAAGCUUUGAGGGGCGAGACAUAAAAUAUCUUAAGAUAUCAACGACAAACUUCACGAAUCCAAGCAAACCGAUUUACUUCAUGGAUGCGACAAUGCACGCCAGAGAGUGGGUGACGACCACGGUAACACUGUACUCAAUCCACCGAUUGGUGGAGGAUUUGAGAGAAGAAGACAGAUAUCUACUAGAGAAUGUCGAUUGGAUAAUAAUGCCAGUCGUCAAUCCCGAUGGAUAUGAAUUCAGUCAUACAGAUAACCGUCUUUGGCGCGGUACUCGGUCAGUGAACGAAACGACCAACGCAAUACAUAACCGCACAUGCAUCGGCGUCGACCCCAACCGGAACUUCGACGUCAACUUUAACACCCUCGGGGUCUCUAGUGACCCUUGUUUUGGUACUUACCCCGGCCAUGAAGCCUUCUCGGAGGUCGAAACGAGAAACAUCCGAGAUAUCCUCUCAGAGUACAUUGACCGGUUACAAAUUUAUAUGGAUAUCCACAGCUUUGGCAACUACGUUCUAUAUGGUAUGGACAACGCUACGCUGCCAUAUAACGUCGUGCACCAGCAUUAUGUUGCAGCAGCAAUGGGUGCUCAGAUAGAUGCAGUAAAGCUGCCGAAAGCACCAUUUUACGCUGUUGGCAACUCUAACUUGAUGUUAUAUGGCACUUCUGGGGCUGCUUCAGAUUAUGCUUAUGUCGUUGGCGUACCAAUGUCUUACACUCUAGAACUGCCAGGCUACGGGUACCAGUUCCAAGUGCCCCCUGAGUACAUUGACCAGAUUAACAUGGAGACCUGGAAGGGUAUCGCAGCCACUGGUCGAUUAGCCGCAUUGUAUUACAACGCGAAAGUUAAAAGCUGAUUAAUAAAGAAAUUAAAAAAUAUUAAUA